AUGAGACUGGGUUCUCAGAGAGUCCAUGGGUGCAAGACAUGCAAACGCAGAAAGAUAAAAUGUGAUAAUAAGCAACCGCACUGUUCCCAGUGCAUACGGCUUAAACAGCCAUGUCUUGGAACUACGCAAGGUCUUAUUUUUAUCCAUAGUGUAAAUGGAUCGCAGACUCAGCAGGAACUUGCUCGCCGUGAUCAAUGGCAUCAACAAGCGGAUCACAUAGGCAUUUCGGCCAGUAUCAGCAGCAGUGUACACAACGUGGUGUCGCGUAUGGCACUUGAGAUUGCGUCGUACCAUACAUGUGCCUGGACACCUCACCCGUGGCUCAUGUUGAUACCUCAGCUGUCGCUGUCGGUAGAUUUUCAGUCUAUUAUGCUGCUUCCAUUUCAAGCCAUGAUGGCAGCUUUUUCAGCCCUUCCAAGCAAUGAUGUGUCGUUAAGAGCGGUGGCCUACCGGUAUUAUUCAAGCGGCUUAGAGUGCCACCAGGCUCAAUUUCAUCAGCUUGUUCCGUGGCAGAAGCACCAGCAUUCAGCGUCUAUCUUAAACCUUCUUCUCAUGUCUAUGGCGCUAUUGGAAUUUGAGAUGAUGGCACCUCUUGGUACGGACUCUUGGCUUCCCUAUGCUCAUGGUGUCCUCAGCCUCUUGGAGCAAGUUGGGCUCCAAGGCUGCCAGGUAUCGCCAUUCUUUGAAAUAUUUUGGCAGCUGCGCUUUUUCAUGUCGUACAUUGCGCUAUCUACUCGCAGGACAUCACUCCUCGGGACUCGAGAGUGGAUGGAGAUACCCUUUCUAUGUCGUGGUAAAACCGAAUUCGACCGUGUUAUUGAUACGCUUCUUUUACUCGGUUCAACAUUGAUGGAAGAAGAUGAUGAGGACACCAAAACAGGCAAUGCAGAAACGAUCAGCAAAAGCUUGAGCGGCAAUCACAGCGCGGAAUCCGCAUCUGCUUCCUCAAGCCAAAUUGCUGGUUCUGAGCAGAUAAUUCGUCUUCUCGUAAACUUACGAGAGCUUGUAUCGGCACAACAAUCUGAUAGCUUUGAGAGGCAAGUUGCUCUAUCGACAGCCAUCCUCGAAGAUUCCAACCUCCUCCUGAGCCAGCCCUCUUUGCCAUUUAAUGUCUCGCUGCAAGUCAUAUCUGCAAUGAAAUUAGUGGUUCAAUAUGCGCCCGACUCCAUACAAAGACAAGACGCGGCGCAGCUAUAUGCCGACUGGCAUGGGCGUCUUUUGUUAAUGGCAUGA